AUUAAUUCACUUCCAUCUUCAAACUCGGUGUUUUGUCCGUUGGGCCAGGCCACUCUACCGAUCUCUCUCUCCGCUGCCCCUGUAAUGCCCCUCUCGGGUCCUGUCGCAUCUUCAUCUACUUGACGCGAUCUUGAAUUAUCCGCGAAGGGAUACACUCAAGCUCCCACUAUUUGGUGUAGGAGAAAACCGGGUUAAACCACUAGCUUCGGGGUCAAAAUUCGCUCGUUACACAACCUUUGGCCCUCGUCUCUCUCCUUCUCUUUUGUUACUACUGGACCCGCCGUCGCGUGCGCAUCCCCGACACCCAUCUACCCGCACGCCCUCACCAUGGCCGACGCCACCGACAAGAUCUCUAUCACCAUCUGCGGCGAUGGUGGAUGCGGAAAAUCAUCCAUCACCUUGCGCCUGGUGCGGAGCCAGUGGAUACAUGAAUACGACCCUACCAUCGAGGAUUCAUAUUCGGUUACACGCGUGGUUGAUGGCGUGCCAUACUUCCUAUCCAUCACCGACACGGCCGGCCAGGAGGAGUAUCGCGGCUUAUGGGCCGCUUCCAAUCUGAGAUCCGACGCGUUUCUUCUCGUGUACGACAUCACCAACAAGUCGAGCUUAGGCGCCUUGGACUACUUCAUGGACAUGAUCGAGAUCGAGACCGAACAACGCGCCGAGGACAAUGAUCGCUUGCGCAAGGAAUUGGGAGCGAGCGCAGAGGGCCUCGACGUGGGCAUGCCACCUCCGGUCAAGAUCAUCGCAGGGAACAAGUGCGAUCUGAAAGACAGCAGAGUCAUUAGUUCCCGUGAAGGCCUGGAGUAUGCCCGAAAACACGGUUGCGGCUUCAUGGAGACCAGCGCUAGGGAGAUGGUCAACAUUGAGGAGACCUUUGCUCUCCUAGUCCGUCGGGUCGUUGAGGCCCGCCGACUACACUACCAGAAGGGUCCUGAGGUCACUCAAGCGGCUCAUAUUGGCGAGUCUUCGACAGCUGCGAAAACCCCUGCCGACACGGUUGUUGGCAAGGAAGGCAAGGGAGAAUCGCAGAAGCGCACGCAGAAACGACAGAGUGGUCUUCGUGGAUUCUUUGGGAAAGACAAACGUGCACGUCAGGAUUCGGGCGAGAAGGGCCAUCUCCGAUCAGAGGCACCUGGGUCGGGGCAGAACAAGCCAUCCAAGUCUGCAAAGGCAAGCAUAUGGAAGCGCAUGAGUUGUUGUUAGGCUGCAGGUCUGCCUAUCGCGGUUGUCCGUCCUUCUUUGUAUUAACAUUCCACAUUAUACCCCCUUUUGUAAACUACUUAUCCAGCUGACUUCAUUCUUGAUCGUUAACCUGUUGAUGCAUUACAAAUGCAAGUUCCAUCAUCUACUUUCUUGACGUUGAGUCAUUCAUAGGUAGACGGAUAGAUCGGCAUGUUUCGACAAAACACGACACUAGUCGCUAGAUGAAUUUUAUGGCUGUCACAGGAGCAGAGCAGGGCGCGG